GGCAGGACAGGUCAUGAGAGAGCUGAGCCGAUGAGAUCAUGGAGCCUGCGCCGAGGUCGGACAGGGUGCUGUUGGGACUUGACGGUGAUGGAGAGGUACCCGUCCGAAUCCAUGAUGUCCUGUACUGUAGCUGAAACCGCAAGACCUCUGGCCUGUGUGUCUGGGAGCCCUCUAGCCAACAGUCACUGCCAUUUUCUUCUAAUAGGACUUGAUGAGACUCAAGCCCUAAACAAUCAGGAAUGGACAGGUGAAAACUGAGAGGCCGAGAGGUGGCCUUUAUUCUAAACCUUGGUAUUUCCUCUGGUUCCGCACAGGGACAUGAAAAUAUUUCCACGCUUAGCAGUUUCUUCUCAGACGUCCACUUUUGCCAUAUAAAAAAAUGCCUUUAAACAUUAGAGCCAAGCCUGCGCAGAGCAAGCUGUCUGCUGGCGCAAAGAGUAGCGGGCACACUGAUGGCAGCACAUCCCAUUCACGCUUUUCCAGAUCCCCCAAACAGGGGAAAGGCAAACAGGCUGCGAGCUCUGCGCCAGGCUCCCGCUCGGGGCUCGAACCAGGCUCCGUGUCAGGGGGUGUGCCUGCUCCAGUGCCGAAACUGGCUGGAGGUCAAGGGUCGGUGUCGAGGCCAGGUCCGAAGAUCAAACCUGGCCAGGCAGCAGCAGACAAGGGAGCGACUCGUGGUUCAGCGACAGCUCCGGGGGGGAAAACCCUGUCUAUGGAAAACAUCCAGUCACUGAGUGCUGCCUAUGCCACUUCAGGCACCAUGUACCCCUGUGAGCGAGACUCCUUGGAACCCUCUGGUGGGUACCCUAAAGGCACCAUGACGCUGGGCAGGAGCACCAGCCGCUCAUCAUACACUAACCGAACAACAGCCAUGGGCAGCACCCCUAACAUCACCUCCUCUGGGCUACAUCACCAGUCAGACCCCUAUGGAGACCAAACCUUGCAUCCUGGAAGGACUUCCAGUCUGCGGCGCCAGUCUGGGAGACACACACAGGCACUGGAUUCGGCUGGACGGGGAGAGGCUCCGUCAUUUGACCUCCAGUCUCAGCUGAGGGAGCUGCAGAGGGAGAAUGAAAACCUGCGGAGAGAGCUGGAUGUAGGGAGGGGCCCUAGCAUGAACAAUGUCAACUUCUGGAGCCCAGAUGUGAAAAGAGACAAGGGGGUGAGGCGGGAGGAGGGAGCGAGGACCUCAGUUCUGAAGGACCAGUACAGGACCAACCAAGAGGAUUUGCAGCAGCCUGGGGAUAUCAGAAGAAACAAGCAGCUCCCGCUGACAGUUCAGGAGCUUCAGGAGGAGCUGAGGGCUCACAGGGAGAACAGUCGCUUGCAGCAACACCGUCAGCAGGGCAACUCUGGCUCGUAUCGAGAACUCCACACAGACCAGGACCACAGAGGGGGGCUCAGCCCUGGCCACAGUCCCAGACAAAGCUCCAGCAACCUGCACAGCCCUGGACCGAAGAAUAGCCCGAGAGCCAGCCCUUCCAAUACCUAUAAUCCAAGACAACAGGAAGCUGAUGUCAUCAUUCACAGCCCUGGUUACGGCUGUAACACUGCGGUAGCCGCGCAGAGAAUCAGCCCGGCCAACACCCUUCAGCCUGGGCCGAGGAACAGCCCAAACCACUCCCUCUACGCUCCCAGCCAAGGUCCGGCGGUAGCGCCCGGCUCUAGCUCACUCCGGCCCUGCAGCCCCUGCCAGGUACCUGGGUGUGACGGCUUCUCCUCACCUCCUCCCCUAGAUCCUUCAGAGGAGAAUUUCUUCCGGCUGCAGUCGGAGCACGAGCGGCAGGCCAAGGAGCUGUUCCUGCUGAGGAAGACCAUGGAAGAGAUGGAGAUGAGGAUCGAUUCUCAGAAGCAGACUCUGGGCGCCCGAGAUGAGAGCAUCCAACGGCUGCUGGAGAUGCUUCAGGGCCAAGGUCAAGGUCAAAGUCAAAGUCAAAGUCAAGGUCAGGGACACUGGGGUCGGGGACAGCGGACGGGCAUCAUAACCAUGGCGGCGCAGGAGGCUGAAGCGCAGCUGGAGAGCAUGCAUGUGAGAGAGGACACCAAGAUCUCUUCACUGGAGAGGAACAUCAGAGACUUAGAGGAUGAGGUCCAGAUGUUAAAGACCAGCGGCCUGCUGCACGCCGAUGACAGGCAGGAUGAGCUCAAGCAGGUGGAGGUCUACAAGAGCCAUUCUAAAUUCAUGAAGACAAAGGAACAGGCCUUGUCACCAUGUGUGUCUUCCACCAGAACUGCUCCCACCGUCCUUCUCCCCACCCAGCAGCCCUGGAUCACAGAGCAAGCAGAAAUCGAGCAGCUGAAGCAGGAGCUGAACAGGAAGGAGGCAGAGAUGCAGGCCCUGCAAACCAAACUAGAAACACUGACCAAUCAGAACUCAGACUGCAAACAACACAUCGAGGUGCUAAAGGAGUCGCUCAGCGCCAAGGAGCAACGGGCCAACACACUUCAGACAGAGGUAGAUGCUCUGCGGGUGCGUCUGGAGGAGAAAGAGCAGUUCCUGACUAAGAAGACCAAGCAGCUGCAGGACCUGACCGAUGAAAAGAGCACACUAACAGGAGAGAUCAGAGACAUGAAGGACAUGCUGGAUGUCAAGGAGAGGAAGGUUAAUGUCCUGCAGAAGAAGAUUGAGAACCUGUUGGAGCAGUUAAAGGAUAAGGACAAACAGCUGGCUGGGUUGAGGGAAAGGGUCCAAGGCCUUCAAACUGACUCCAGCAACACCGACACAGCCCUGGCCACGCUAGAGGAAGCCCUCUCAGAAAAGGAGCGAGUGAUAGAGAAUCUACGCGAGCAGAGGGAGCGGGAAGACAGGGCUCGGCUGGAGGAGCUGGAACAGAUGAGGAAGGAGAACCAGCUAUUAAAGGACAAACUUUCAGCCCUGCAGCCCCAGAAACUGUCCCCAAGUCAGCCUGCUAACCCCGUCCCCACCCAGAACCAGAGGCCUGAUGGAGAGGUGCCGGCUAAAGUAGAUGGGCUCCCAGCAGGAAGCCCCAUGACCCAAAACACGGAAGAAGCCCUCCGAAAGUGUCCAGACAUCACAGAUCGUCUGAGGCUACUAGAGCAGGAAGUGGCUCGCAACAAAGAGGAAUCUGGGAAGUCAAAAGCGGAGGUGGAGAGGCUAAUGGCAGCUCUGAGGGAUGCUGAGAUGGACAAAUCGUGCAAGGAGAAGAAAAUCGCCGAUCUUGAGAGGCAAAUCAAGUCUCCUAACAUCCAGAAGCAGACGGUGGCAGGCGAGAUGAGGAAAGAUGCCCUCACUGAUGGACAUCCACACUCAUUAUCGCAGACUCCUCUUUCAGCUUCCCAGGAUGCCAUGCGGGAGACGGCGGAGCGGAUCGCGCAGUUGGAGAGGGCGCUGAGGGAGAGUAUGAACACCUCAGCGCAUAGGGAAGCUCUCUGGGCGCAAGAGGAGGCUGCACGUGUUCAGGCCCAGAGACAGUUGGAGGAGCUGAUGAGUGCGUUGGAGAAGACGCGCCAGGAGCUGGACGCCACCAAACUGCAUCUGUCCUCCACUCAGCAGUCGCUGCACGAGAGAGACGGACACCUUAAUUGUCUUCGCCAGGAGAGACGCAAACAGCUGGAGGAGAUUCUGGAGAUGAAGCAGCAGGCUUUGCUGGCAGCCAUCAGUGAGAAGGAUGCAAACAUCGCCCUGCUGGAGUUGUCCUCCUCCAAAAGGAAAAAAGCCCAGGAGGAAGUGAUGGCUCUGAAGAGGGAGAAAGACAGGCUCAUGCACCAGCUCAAACAGCAGACUCAGAGCAGAAUGAAGCUGAUAGCGGAUAACUACGAGGAAGAUCACAUCCACCCCCAACAUCACCCUCACCAUUCUCACCACUUGCAUCCAGUAAACAUGCACCACCGAAGCCUGCCAAGAGGGCCCCCCCACGCCAACCACCGACCACCUAUGGACCAGCUGCUUGUAGACCCAGGUACCAAGGGGUUCAAGAGCGUCAGCUGCAAGCAGGCACACUGAACCGGCCCAUAACUCCUCACCAUCAUGACCACCAGACAUACAUAUAAACGGAUAUACACAUACUCCAGGACCCAGGUAUUGUGGACCUGCUCAGCGCUCGGCCGGUCAGGAAUUGUUCAUCUUCCCGAUGAGCAUCAUCUUUCUCGACAAAUGCAGUGGCCCACUGAGGGUGGGUGAAUGUCCCUCAGAGGACCAUCAGUCAUCAGUGUGGAGCUUCAGGAUAUUGGCAAGCGGUCCACUGCCUUCAUUUCCCUAGCUGUUUUCAAUAGACUGGGAGCUGGAUUCACUUUACAGCACUGCGGUGCUACAGAGUUCUGGCUCCACAUCAACCGACAAUCACUCCACCACUGUCGACUACUGGUGCGGCUAAGCUGAGCCAGUGGAACCAGCCGUAAACUCAUGCCAGUCCCGGACUGGUUUAUGAUGGCAUGAAUGUGUUUACUUCUGCAGCUAAAUAUCAGACUUUUGUAAAUAUAACAACAUGGACCUCAAAAUCCACAAUCCACAGAGACCUUCUCAAUGUACCGUGCCAAAGGAGACAACCCUGUCUGCUGAAACAAAUUACUGAAAUAGGACUGAAUCAUUCGGACUACCCAGUGAACCGCCCCAGUUACUCAUUUCUUUGACUGUCUCCCACUUCCUGCCGAGAGAUCAACAAGAAAAAGACAAAUUUGGGCUUAAAGAUGCCCUGCAAAAAGUUUGAGCAUCAGCUUACACCUUCUCUAAAAAUCAGGACCCUUAUUAACAGGAAAGGAAACCCGGCUGACCUCGAAUCAGCCAGCUUACUGUAAGAACAGUCUGUUUAUACAUUUCUCCUUGUGUUCUUUUAGCCUGCUGUGCGUUUGUUUAAUGAACCAAUAUCAUGUUCUGUUAGCUUUUCUACAUCCGAAACAGUUUUGAGUGCCACUCUUCUUUUUUUUCUGAAGUUCUAACAGCUGUGUGUGACUUAUUACGCUGACGAGCGAUGUAUUAUUUUGUUGUCUCUUUGUUGAUCCUGUGAAUCUGAGUGGCGAAUCUGUUUAUAAUGAAGUGACUUGCAUCUUAAAGCACUGUGUCAUUACUUUUUUCACUGUACUGGAGGCUGGUGAUAAUGUACAGUAGUGUUUUGAUUCAACAGUAUAACAGUGUUUCCAUUUUGGCCCUGACCUAACAUGUACAGUUUUUUGUACAGUGUGUGUGUGUGUGUGUGUGUGUGUGUGUGUGGUUUCAUGCUGCUCUCAUGAUUGUGAUGACUGUGAAAGUUUUGGGGGGGGGUAACGGUAUUCACCCUUG